AUGUCUGAUCCGGUGGCCGAUUUCCUAGCUCGCGAACAAAACAUGUUUGCCGAUUUUGACGGAGCUCCGCCAGCUGAAGCUCCAGCUGUUGCUGCACCAGUUGGAGAUGAUUUCGGAGAUCUUCAGGCUGCUGUUGCCGAUGUUCCAGCACACACUGAUUCAGGUGUUGAUCUGAGCGCUUUCGCCGAAGAUGCUCCAGUUGUUGAUAUUCCAGCUGUUGUUGCUCCACAACCAGAAGAGCCACUGGUCAAUGGAAAUCACGGAAGCAUUGCGUCUCGUGGAAGCUCAAAAGGACCAUCGCCGGUUCUUUCGACUGUACCGAAAAUCGAAGCCGAAAACAUUCGAUUAUGGAAGGAACAACAAAAGAAGAUCCUUGAGGAAAAGGAUGCUCUCGAAGAGAAGAAGAAAGAGGAAUUGCGAGCGAAUGCCAAGAAGGAACUUGAAGAUUGGUAUAAGCAACGCGAGAAGACUCUUUCUUUGAUUCAUGAAGAGAACUUGAAAAACGAGAAAGCGAACCAAGAAAUGUUCGUCAAGCAGCAAGACGGUGAAGCCCAAUGGGAAACUGUUAACAAGCUGAUCGACCAACAAAAGACGAAGAGUGGAAAGGAUUUGGGAAGACUGAAGACUCUUCUUGCGGGAUUGAAGCACAUGAAUGUGUCGAAGUAA